AUGCCCGAUCAAGAAAAGGAAAUUGCUCUAACUAAAGAAAGACUGAAAAAUGAGUCAUAUGAAGUAAUCCUGGUAGGAGAAUCUAACAAGGUCAAUGGUCUCAAUAUAUUCAAUAAAAUAGCUGCCAGGGUUAAUGCUGAAACUAAAGGAAUUGAACUCGUUACAGAUGAAGAAAAAACCGAAACAUCAAUCUUCAAUGUUUGGUCUAUGUGGUUUUCUGCCAAUUUGGUUAUUGCAACUUUUUCCUUAGGAGCUCUUGGGAUAACCGUAUUUAAUCUUUCAUUUGCUCAAGCAGUACUUGUCAUAAUAUUCUUCUCAUUAAUAGGUGUCAUACCAGUUGCGACCUACUCCGUUUUUGGUCCAAAAUUGGGUUUAAGACAAAUGAUCCUUUCUAAAUUCUUAGUUGGAGAUUAUGCAAUGAGAAUAUUCUCAUUUAUUAAUAUGGUUGCUGGUGUGGGAUGGGGUGCAGUGAAUAUCAUGUCAUCAGCCCAGGUUCUUUCUAUAGUCAAUAAUGGUGCUUGUCCUCCAUGGGCUGGAUGUUUAAUUUUGGUCUUGUGCACCAUCUUAGUUAGUUUCUUUGGUUAUCAUGUCAUUCACAUUUAUGAAAACUGGUCUUGGGUUCCAAAUUUAGGUGUUUUUAUAGCAAUCAUUGUGAGAAUGGCAAAGUCUGGCAAUUUUACCAUGGGAACCAUGGUAGGAGGGGCAACCACCGCAGGUCAUGUUCUCUCCUUUGGCGGAGCAGUAUUUGGAUUUGCUACUGGUUGGGCAACAUUUGCUGCUGAUUAUACAGUUUAUCAACCAAGAAAUGUUCCAGCUUUGAAGAUAUUCUUUGCAGUCAUGCUUGGUCUUUGGAUCCCUUUGUUAUUCACUCUUAUCUUAGGCUCAGCUUGUGCUACUGGUAUUACUACAGACAAAAGAUGGGCGGAAUUAUACACAACUAAUUCCAUAGGUGGAUUACUUUAUGCUAUUUUGGUUGAAGAUUCUUUACACGGAUUUGGGCAAUUUUUAUGUGUUCUUCUUGCUCUUUCCACAGUUGGAAACAAUAUCCCUAAUAUGUAUUCAAUGGCCCUCUCUGCCCAAGCUACUUGGUCUAAACUUUCAAAGAUACCAAGAGUAGCAUGGACUGUCCUUGGAAAUUGUGUUACAUUGGCUAUCUGUAUUCCAGCAUAUUACCAUUUCGCAGCUGUAAUGCAAAACUUCAUGCACAUGAUUGGCUAUUACUUAGCCAUAUAUGAAGCUAUCUCCUUUUCCGAGCAUUUUAUCUGGAAUAAGGGACGGUUUGAUGUAUAUGAUUAUGAGCAUUUCUAUGAUAAGGAAGUUUAUCCUAAAGGUUACGCUGGUAUAUUUGGAUUUUGUUGUGGAGUUGUGGGUGUUGCGGUUGGUAUGAAUCAAGUUUGGUAUACUUCAAUUUUGGCUAGUAAAAUUGGAGAAUACGGUGGUGACAUUGGAUUUGAGUUGGCCUUUGCAUUUGCUUUUGUCGGAUUUAAUUUAACCAGACCAUUAGAGAAGAAGUAUACGGGAAGAUAA